AUCCACAUCCUGUUUCAACUGAAUAAGAGCGAACAGUCAGCAUACAGUUCACUGCUAACCUUUGGACUGCCCCACACAGACACUCCUGACCACCGUACUGUAACACCAGCCAGUCCCCGAAAGGAAAGCUUCAUUACCCCAUCCUCCCAUCCAAUUAGAAGCCAUAUGGCGCUUCUGGCCAAUCAAAUCAUGGAUGCGAGGAUUCUGAGCAGCAUGAAUGGGAGAGUCGAGCUGUCCCAGUUCCUGAGAGUCACUAAUCAGAGCAUCGUCUCCCAGGUGACUUCUGCCCAGGACGACAACCGCAAGAACAGGAAGUACCCCUGCCCGCUGUGUGGGAAGCGUUUCCGCUUUAACAGCAUCCUUUCCCUUCACAUGCGCACACACACGGGCGAGAAGCCCUUCAAGUGCCCAUACUGCGACCACAGGGCGGCACAGAAGGGCAACCUGAAGAUACACCUCCGUACUCACAAGCAAGGUCUCAUGGGCAAAGGCCGUGGGAGGAUUAGAGAGGACAACAGGUUGCUCCACGAGCUUGAAGAAAGAGCGAUACUCAGAGACAGACAGAUGCGAGCCAGUCACGUUAGCCGGCAGCAAACAUCUAAUUUAACCCAGCUUAAGAAUCCCCAGCUGCCACAGACUGUCCCGAUGCAAAACCAGUUCUUCGCCAACCCCGGUGCCGCGGAGAACCCGCCGCAUACGUCCACUUCCCCUAAGGAGACCGCCGUCCACGACGAGCCCAUCCAGCCGCAGCCCAGCGGCUUCCGCUGCUCAUUCUGUAAGGGGAAGUUCAGGAAGCAGCAGGAGCUCGAGCGUCAUAUCAGGAUCCUACACAAACCCUACAAAUGCACCCUGUGCGAGUUCGCUGCAUCACACGAGGAGGAGCUCAUCGGCCACGUUGAGAUGGCACAUAUAACCGCAGAUUCAGGCGCGGGUCAAAAGCCUGCGGCGGGGCCUGGUGACAAGGCGAAACCUGUUGGUGAGUUCCCUUGCGAGGUGUGCGGCCAGACCUUCAGCCAGGCCUGGUUCCUGAAGGGUCACAUGAGGAAACACAAGGACUCCUUCGAGCACUGCUGCCAAAUCUGUGGCCGUCGCUUCAAGGAGCCCUGGUUCCUUAAGAACCACAUGAAGGUCCACCUCAACAAGCUUGCUGCUAAGAGUAACCUCCCCGCCGAGCAUGACUCUUUCAAACUGAGCAACCUAACGCAAGACCACCAGAGCAACCUCUACUCGCAGUACAUCGCCCGCAUUCACAACAGGUUCCUCACGGCUGAGAGAGCCGACCCGCCAGAUUAUAACCAGAUACUCACCUCAGCAGGCGUCGACAUGAAGGUUAGGGAGAUGUUAGGGAGGAUGAUUUCCUCUGGCCCUACCCCACUGACAGACGCGGAGAGCUCCGCACUGUUGGGUCUGAACCAUCUCCACCCCCCGCUGAGCUCCACUAGCAUGGACUAUCUGCAGAAAGUCAUGUCUAAUAGGGAUACGCUCAACAGCAGCAGCAGCAGCGGCGGCAGCAGCGGUUACCCAGGCUGGCAGAUCAUGACACCAGGGCUGCCCGUUGAACAGCAAAUGUUCAGUCCUAAAGACCAGUCCCCCUUCUUGUCCGAGAGACGCCUCCCUGCAGACGACGGGAAAGUGGGUCUCGGCGACCCUGACACCAAGGCCAUCAGCAGACCAGGCAGCACCGGCAGCCUGAGUCAUCACGGGCCGACGGAGAUCAGCGCAGAGAUGGGCAACUCCCACUCCGGCAGUACCCUGGACCAUCGGCCACAAUCUUCUUCUCCAGGUGAGAAAGUCUACAGGUGUCCACUCUCCAGUGACUACACCACUGCACAGACAGCCUCCCUCGGCUUCCAUCUGGAACGCUACCACUUCCCCCACUGGCAGAACAGCAGGGAUCUUUCCUCUCCGCUGCAGCCCAGCAGCAGCAGCAGCAGCAGCAGCAGCAGCAGCAGCUCCAGCCCCAACUCCAACUCCAAGCUCAGACCCAGAUCCAGCGAAGACUGGAGCCCGGCUGCGGUGGGCCUCUACCUGGGUCUGGAGAACCACGGUGAAAACCCCCUGCCCGUCAACAAGCAGUCCGACCUCACCGACGGAGACGCAGGUGUAGACGGCUCUUUAUCCGCCCAGGCCAGGAAGUCCCAGUAUGAGCCCUUAGAUUUGUCCGUCCGGCCCGAGUCUGUCCCGUCCCAUCCGGCCAUGUCUCCUGCUGUCCUCGUGCAGAUGUCUGAUGUCUUUAGCAACGGACUGUCCUCCUCCAUCACCCGCCGGCUACAGAGUUACCCUACUGCCGCAGCGGAACCCAGUGUGAAACCUGCGUAUCAGUGUGACCUUUUGGUGCAGGCAACAAAAGGGGCGAUGAACACACAGAAAGGAGGCUCCGCCUGUCACAAUGGCGAGGGGGAAUUUGAGAGAUCCGAGCGAGGCAGGGAGGACGAAACUGACGACGCUGCCAAGUGGCAGAUGCUGAAAAAUAAUGUCCCGGAGCCACAGGGGCUGGAACGUGCCAGCGCCGACUUCCAGGCCCCCGGUGAGAAGCAGGAGAAGCCGGGGCAGUGGGGCAGAGGUGUGGCCGAGUCUCCCAUCUCCUCUCUGGAGAACCUGACUCCGGGACAGGCUGAUCCACUACAGUACCAGGGCGGCCUACUCUCCUUCCUCAGAUCCCAGGGGAGCCUGAGCGGCGCACCUGCCGGCGCACUCAGAGCCGGUCUGAACGGUGGGGGGGAUGUGGGGAAAGACGUCGCGUCAGCUCGGAAGCCGUUCCAGUGCAGAUACUGCCCCUACAGCGCUUCCCAGAAGGGCAACCUGAAGACCCACGUCCUGUGUGUCCACCGCAAGCCCUUCGACAACAGCCUCUACCCCGACCGCCGCCUCCGACGCUCCCACGCGCCCCAGAGACCCUCCAGAUCGCCCCCGAGCACCGCAGGGGACGACCACGCGCCGGCCACAGGCCAGAUUGGCAUGACGUCACUCUGUGGAACUUGAUGUUGUCAUGGCAACAGCGAAUACAGAGACAGUCGUGAUUAUUGUUUUAGCUUCACCUUGAAAGGGUUAGGAUGAUUGAGAUUGCUUGAAAAAAAGAAAAGAAAAAAGUUAACCAACCUUUGAUGUACAUUCCAGUGUUUACUUGAAGAGCCACAGUACGUAUUUAUCUGUAGCAAAAGAAGCUGCCUAUAAUAAUAAAGUCCAUUGUGAUGUGAAAGUGUA